AUGGAAAACCAGACAACUGUGGUUGAGUUUUUUCUUUUGGGACUUUCUGAUGAUGCAACUCUCCAGGUUUUCCUAUUCCUCAUUUUCCUACCUAUCUACUUAAUAACCCUGGUAGGGAAUAUGCUGAUCAUGUUAGUAAUAAGGGCUGAUCCUCAGUUACACACCCCAAUGUAUUUCUUCCUUACUAACUUAUCUUUCCUUGACAUCUGCUAUUCAUCUGUAACCGUACCCAAGAUGCUUGAAAACCUUCUAGUUACGAAGAAGACCAUUUCUCUCAAUGGCUGCAUUGCACAGAUCUUUUUCUUUAUUUUCAUGGUUGGAACUGAAAUCUUCUUACUCUCAGCAAUGGCUUAUGACCGUUACGCUGCCAUAUGCAACCCACUGAGAUAUAGCACCAUUAUUAGCCACCAAGUCUGCAUCCAAAUGGUGGUGGGUGCAUGGAUAUCAGGCUUCUUGGAUUCUCUUGUUAACACUCUCUUUUUAACUGGCUUGCACUUCUGUGGUCCAAGCAACAUUAACCAUUUCAGCUGUGAGUUACCUUUGCUAUUGCAGAUGUCUUGCACAAGCACCUUUGCCAAUGAAAUGGUGAUACUCACCUUCAGCAUGGGAUUAGGAUUUGCCUCCCUCCUUCUGAUUGUAGCUUCCUAUGUUGGCAUCAUUAGCACCAUUCUCAAGAUAAGCUCCACAGAAGGAAGGCAGAAAGCAUUCUCUACCUGUGCUUCCCAUCUCACUGUGGUCCUCUUGUUUUGUGGGACAGCAUUCAUUAGGUACAUGCGACCAGCAUCUGGGUAUUCAGAGACACUGGACAAGCUCGUGUCAAUACAAUAUAGCAUCCUAACCCCCAUGUUAAAUCCCAUUAUAUACAGCCUCAAAAACAAAGAGGUGAAGACAGCUAUUAAGAAGCUGUUUCAAAAAUAA